AUGUUCCCAGCGGGUAGCGGGGCAGCGCCCGCUUCUCCUCCAGCAAAAGAAACGCGCGCGAGUUUCGGAAGCUUCCCAGGGCUUGUCAGGGGAAGCACGACCAACAAGUCCGCCAACUUAGUGGAGAAAAAAGACUUUAUACCUGCUAUUUAUGGGACCAGUCUCCCACUGAGCACCUUCUCUCACCAGACAUCACAAGGCUGUGGUUCGGAAUCUGAUUGUUCUGCUGAAAAGAAAUUUCAUUCACCAGAAGAUAAGAUUGGUACAGGAGGUGUUCUUACAAGUACAUUUUACAAGGACCAUUAUAAAGCUGCAAUGGAACAGUUGGCAGCCCUUAACUUGUCAAAAAAUACUAGGGCAACACAGCUCAAAUCAAGUAGCAGCAGACAAGGGCCAUUUCAUUCCUGGAGCUGUGUAAACAAUCAAGGCAAUAAUUCAGUGAGCAGAGACUUCAUGCCAUCUAGCUCCAAUGACGUUCCUUUAAACUUCAAUACUAAUCCAUUGGUACAUUCUUUUAUGAGGAGAUGCCACCCAUGUUCUUACCCCAGAACUCAGAAGGCAACAUUAGAGAAUUACUGCAGAAAUGGAGACGGGGACUUUUUCAAAAGGACCAAUGAAGCCACAACUUCUGAAUCUUAUCCUGCUACAUAUAGUAGUAGUGAUGACAUGCUUUCUCUAUUCAAAUGGAAUUUGAGAAGAGGAAAUGGCAAUGCAGAGGAUAAGCUUUUAGUAGAAGGAAAGGAUAUAUCUGAGAAUGAGAAAAGAAGUAAAGCUUUGCUGAAAUACUUUACAAACGUGAAUCUUAACCUAAAACCAGAACCCAUAGAACACAAAGAUGGAGCUCCCACUUCACUUGAGAAUGAUACAUUUUCAUACCCUGAUUUUCUUCCUCCACCAUAUAACACCUUGGAUUUACAAAAAAUAUCUUUAUCAAGGUGGGAUGACUGGAAAUUAUCCUUAAAUCCACCACUUGAUGAAUCACUAGAUAAAGUAGUUUCUCGUCUAGUGGAAAUGGAAAGGUUACAGCACUUGACUAUAUUAAGAGAAAGGACAAGGGAGACGGUUUCUCCCACGAUGGCUGUUAACAACCGCACUAGUUCCUCAAAAGAUGUAUACCAACUGAAGCAACUGAAGCAACCUGAUAUUUCAUGUUCUCAGGCAGCUUUUGAAGAUCUUCACAGUAUUGGCUGUUGUAUGCAAGAAGUAGACAUACCAAAAUGCACUUGCCAGCACUGCCAUAAUAAGUGGAGUUCUGCAGCAGCAUCUUCUGUACGUUCUUCCACAAAACACUCACGAGCAUUUUGCAAAUGCUCUAAAGCUCCAGUAAUUUUAGACCCAAGCAAUGUAGUCACACGGAGGUCUCUAUCAUGCUCUGGAAGCUCUUCAAAAAUUCGAUCAGGUGUCAAAAUGACAUCUCCAAAGUCUCUCUCACCCAGCACAACUCUAGCUUGCUCCCUACUUGACAUUGAAAGUUCAAAAUAUAAGCAGCCAAGGACAAAAAGAAAAUCUUGUAGAAAAAGUGGAGCACUAACAGGUAAAUCCUUACACUCUCAGAGAUUAAAAUCCCUCUCCCUUGUUUCAAAGCAAAAGUGCUCCCAUGUUGAUCACCAGUGAUCAGUUGAACUAACUCAUCAGGCAGUCCUUAGUAUUAUUUAA